AUGCCUGUCUUCGGUAAUGGGAAGAAGAAAUCAGAUGAAUACAAUUGUAAAAUCUUCACGCUUGAUGCAGAAUUACAUUUUACUAUUGAAGCAACAACAAAGGGUAGUACAAUCUUUUCACUUGUUUGUCAAACGAUUGGCCUUCGAGAAUAUUGGUAUUUCGGUCUUAAAUUUAUUGAUAAAACAUCGCGCGAAUUGAAUUGGCUUCAAUUAAAUCGUACGAUUAUUUCAGAAUCAAUAGAAAUCUCAUCUAAUUCAAAUCCAUUGAAAACCCUCGAUUUACACAAUACAACAGAUAAUUUUAAUCCUCAUCUUUUACGUUCACCUCCAACGUCUGUAUCAACAUUAAGUCUUCCAUCGGCUACGAACAAUUCCAGUCGACAAUGCAGUAAAGUAACCAUCGAACUUUAUCUAGCUGUGAAACUCUAUCCCGAAGAUAUUACUUAUGAACUUAUACAAGAUAUUACACGACGUCUUUUCUAUCUACAAGUUAAACAGGAUAUUCUUAAUAUGAAUAUCUAUUGCCCACCAGAUACUGCUGCACAUCUUGCUUCGUUGUCACUUCAAGCAAAGUUUGGUGAUUAUGAACAAAUUGAAUCUUCAUUGGAGUCAGUAAAUUUAGAAAAUGAAGCUUUAUUACCAUUAACAUGCUUUCAAAAAAUCGAAUUAUCUCGUUCAGAUUGGUUUGCUCGUAUAAUUGCCUUAUGGCGUACACAUGCAUUACUAACGCGAGAAGAAGCUGAAAUGUCUUAUUUGAAGCAUGCACAAGAUUUAGAUAUGUUUGGUUUAUCAUUUUUUGAAAUAUCAAAAAUGCAAGGUGCACAGAGAUCUGCUUCACAGCAAAAACAAACAAUGAAAUCAACUGAUCAACAACAAGAACAGUUAGAUCAACCAACGAUUGCGCCAGAACUUUGGCUUGGAAUUGAUUCGCUAGGAAUUCGUUUUUACAAGAAAAAUAAACUAAGACCAGAAGUUUUCUUCUCAUGGUGUGAUGUUAAAUCUGUUACAGCUCAUGAUAAAAAAGUUAUAUUAAAUCUAACGACUGAUAAACAUGCAACAUUUGCAUUCUAUGCUAGAAAAUCAUCUGUGAGCAAGGAGAUACUUGAUUUAGCAUUGGGCAAUCAUGAAUUGUAUAUGAGACGUCGACAAGAACAAUCGAUUGAAAUACAACAAAUGAGAUAUUUUGAAGAACAACAACAAAAAGAAAAGAUGAGAUUAUUGGCGCAAGAACGUAAAUUGAGAUUACAAGCUGAAAAACAACGAGAUGAGAUCGAAAGUAAAUGUAUCGAUUAUCAACAACAAAUGAAAGAAGUUCAUGAAACAUUGCUUAAAUAUCAAGAAGCAACGGAAUUAUUAGCACGAAAAGCACAUGUAAAUAGUGAAGAAGCUCGAUUACAAGCCGCACGAGCACUUGAAAUUGAAGCACAACUUGAACGAUGUAAAUAUGAAAUAAGUCGAAAUGAAGAAGAAAAACGAUUAUAUGCUCGACAAAUUCAUGAAUGUGAACAAGUGAUUUCAACAUUAGUUAACGAUUCAAUAAAAACUCGUAAAGAAGCUGAUGAAUUGAAAUUAGAAGUUUCUAAAUGGCGUGUAGCUGAAGCAGCUGCAAGAGAAAAGCUUUUAAGUAUUACUCAACAUAAUCAAUCUGUUGCUAUUUCAAACGCAACAACACACACUCAACAUAAUCUCGCUUCAUCAUCGACAAGACCAACAACAGUAUCUCCGCCACCGUAUCGACCGAUUAAAAAAACUCAAGAAUCAAAUUCAACGGACGAAAGGGCUCAUUUUCUUGAGAAACAACACAAACAAACACAAUUAGCACUACAAUUGCAAGAUUUGAAAAAUGUAAUUCAAUCAAAAAAAAUUGAAGAACAACAAACAUCAUUGGAUAAGGCGUAUGAAGAAAGUGUAGCCAUUGGUGAUAAUAAAUAUUCAACAAUACAAAAGGCACGAUCAGGCACAACUUUAAGACGUAUGGCUAUGCUACAAGAUUUGUAA